CGUUAUGAAGCAGAAAUGCCAAAGUCCAGUAAACUGGCUGAAAGACACACAGGAGACUUCAUGGAUAUAGUUGAUACAUUUAACCAUUUAAUUCCUACUGAACACUUAGAUGAUGCCCUAUUUCUAGGAUCCAACCUGGAGAAUGAAGUCUGUGAGGAUUUUAGUACAAGUCAAAAUGUCUUAGAGGAUUCGCUGAAGAACAUGCUCAGCGAUAAGGAUCCUAUGCUAGGAUCUGCAAGUGCCCAGUUCUGUUUGCCUGUUUUGGAUAGCAAUGAUCCCAAUUUCCAGAUGCCUUGUUCAACAGUUAUCGGUCUUGAUGAUAUUAUGGAUGAAGAGGGAGUUAAAGAGAGUGGAAAUGACACCAUCGAUGAAGAUGAGUUAACUUUACCGAACAGGAAUUUGAGGAGUCGUUCAGAAGAAACGUCAGUCGUGUCACCAAGAAAGUCACCACGUUUAAUGGCACAAGAACCAGUACGGAGUUUGCGACAGAGCACACUGGCCAAGCGUUCAAAUGUUGCACUCCUGUCAAUACCAAGAAUCAUCUGUAAGGAUAACAAAGAGCUCAAAGAGAUGUCUGAGAGGCCGUAG